UGUUUAAUGUGUUGGGUGUGUGGAUUUUAUUCUUUGAGAAGCUUUUUCUUCAUCAAUCAAGGGUGUUGAGGUGUUUCCACAGCAAUGGGAAGGGGAAAGAUUGAGAUCAAGAGGAUUGAGAAUGUCAGUAACAGGCAAGUUACAUUCUCAAAGCGGAAAGGAGGGCUAAGGAAGAAAGCACAUGAACUUUCAGUAUUGUGUGAAGCAGAGGUUGCUCUCAUUAUCUUUUCCAGUACUGGAAAAUUGAUUGAAUAUGCAAGCAGCAGCAUGAAGAAAAUUUUAGAGAGAUAUGUUACAGUCUCGGGAGCUCGCGUGUGGGAUUAUGAACAACAGCAGAUGUUUUAUUACGAAGUGGAAAGAUCUAAGAACGAAAAUGAGUGGCUUAGAAGUCAGCUGAGGCAUAGAAUGGGUGAAGAUUUGUCCUGCACACCUCUAGAGCACCUGUAUCAACUGGAGCAGGAACUUGAGAUUGCAACAACUAAGGUUCGCAAAAGAAAGGAUCAGCUCAUCUCCUUGCAAUUAGAUUCCUUAAGGCAAAGGGAGGCUUCACUAGAAUGCAAUAACAAAUACCUUCACCAUGCGUUGCUUGAGAAUCAGGCUCUACAGAGUUAUUACUCAAAUGCACUAUGCCAGCAAGAAGAACCAAAUCAUCCUCAAGUCACAACUGCACUACCUGCAUUUCGUGUGCAACCAAGCCAACCAAACUUGAAGGACAGUGGCUAUAUACAGCCAGAUCUACAGCUAGGGUUUAACUUUAGUGGCCCACAACCUUGAAGAACUUGCCAGACUAUAGAAAAUCAUAUCAAGUUAUGGUAUUAAUAUCAGAAUUCAACUCGAUAGUUUUUGAGUCAAAUUUAUUGAUUCAUAUUUUAUGAAGUAUUAAUAUCAAUAUUAGACUGUAUAGUUGUUGAGUCAAAUGUAUUGAUUCAUAUUCUAUGAAAUAUUAAUAUCAGAUUUCAACUAUCUAAGUUUUGAAUCAAUUAAUUUGAUAAUUUGAUUCGUAUUUUAUGAAAUAUUAAUAUCAAGAUUCCAAGUAUAGUUUUUGAGUC